GGACUGUCAUUGAGGACCAUUUCUUUCUUUGUGAAACGUAAAUAAACCACACAAAAAUGGCAUCAUUGGAACCUCUGCAGAAUAAAACAUGGGAUUUAUCUCUUUAUGAGUUAAAUCGUACACCACAGGAAGCAAUUACGGAUAACACUGAGAUAGCGGUAUCACCUCGAAGUUUGCACAGUGAAUUAAUGUGUCCGAUCUGUCUAGAUAUGCUGAAGAAAACCAUGACAACGAAAGAGUGCUUACAUCGCUUUUGUUCCGAUUGCAUUAUCACUGCUUUGCGAUCUGGCAAUAAAGAAUGCCCUACUUGUCGGAAGAAACUGGUCUCGAAACGGUCGCUGCGACCAGAUCCAAACUUCGAUCUACUAAUAUCAAAAAUAUAUCCAAGCCGUGAUGAAUAUGAGGCACACCAGGAACGUGUUCUGGCUAAAUUCAAUCAAAGUCAUUCCCAGCAGGCUCUGGUACAUUCAAUCAACGAAGGCAUCAAACAUCAAAUACAGAAUAGGCCAAAUCGUAAACCCAAAAGUGAAAACGAUUUAACUGCAACUUCAGCGGCAGUUGCAUCUGCGACUAGUAAUGCAACUUCUUCUGUUGCCUCUCCUGUGCCUACCACAAAUCCUAUCGUGAAUACUAAUGAUUCCAAUAACACUAUGGUCCCAAACGCUAACCCUAAUGGCAUUGUGCCAGACUCAACUAACCGGGGUGGAUCAGGAAUCGGUCAUGGAGAUGAGCCUAUGCGGCAAUCUUCUAACCCUCCAUCAGUAAGAAGCACACCAUCCCCUGUUCCGUCAAACGUCAGCUCGGCAAGUAAAGCAAAACGAGCAAGAUCUGUAUUAACGUCCGAAAAAUCUGAAGAAUCGGAAUCAAAUAGUGAAAUGGACGGAAGGACAGAAGAGAACGAUUCUAAUUUGGAUACAGAAGGCGAGGGAAAUUCAGAACACGGGAGCGAUGAAAUUGAGCUUGUUUUCAAACCUCAUCCAACUGAGAUGACUGGUGAUAAUCCGUUGUUGAAGGCUUUCAAUUCACUACGAUACAUAAAAACAACAUCGAAUGCAACUGUGAGUCAUCUGAGUGAGUAUCUGGUCACGCGUCUAACACUUGAUUUGGACACAGAGUUACCGGAGGCGUACAAAGUGGUCAACUUUUGUAUAUACAUCGCUUCUCAACCAUCGCAGCUCGUAGUAUUAAGUGGAAAUCAAACGCUGUCACAAGUCAAUGAAAAAUUUUGGAAGGUCAACAAACCUCUGGAGAUGUAUUACUCAUGGAAAAAAUCUUGAUUCAAUAAUCACAAAAUGUACAACAGACAUAGCGUCACUAAUGAAAUGGGGUGUAUUUGUAUCAUGAUAGCAGUUGUGACACAACUUUGCCUAGUAGUUAUGGAAUUGUGUUUGAACAAUUUUAUCCUUUAAAGAAGAAAAUAAUAAUCUUGUAGUUCGAUUUCUACACCCUUAUUGCAAAUAUGAAUAAAUUGCAUACAAACGAAA